AUGCGUUUUCGGAUCGACUUGUUCGCUUUGUAUUUGACGCUUGCUGUCGUUCACGCCCAGAACCAGACUGUCGUUGAUGGAUGUCCCAAGGAGAAUUAUGCGUGCUUGGAUGUGAUAAAUUCAAGUCAAUGUAUCGAGGAGUUGGUGAUUGAGAAGGACGCGGCAAUCACAAAAGAUGCGCUGGAAAAGUGUGUGGAUACUGAGGGUGCGGCGAGCAAUUUGACUGGAGCAGCAAAGGUAGGUGCAGAGACUUCACAUAUCAAAGUGGGGCAUGUCGAGAAUACGAGGCUGAUAAAAGUGUGGAUGUAG